AUGAAUGUGUUGAAGCUGAAGGCGGUGUCUGAAGCAGCGAACCCUAAUGACACCGCGAAGAAGACGGAGACGGUGGACCUGGGUAACGGAAGCGACGUCGUUUACAUUCAGCGCUUAAUUCCCUACGAAGACUCAUGGCAAUGGUUCCAUUACCUCGACAACCAUAUCUCAUGGACCAGACCCACCGUUCGCGUCUUCGGAAAAUCCUUCCUUCAGCCUCGGGAGACAUGUUAUGUUGCAAGUCCUGGGUUGACUGAGUUGACUUACAGUGGCUAUCAACCGCAUGCAUAUACUUGGGAUGAUUUUCCACUGCUUAAAGACAUCUUGGAUGUUGUCCUUAAAGCUCUUCCUGGGAGUAUUUUUAAUAGCGUACUCUUAAAUAGGUAUAAAGGUGGUGAUGACUAUGUUGGUUGGCAUGCUGAUGAUGAGAAGCUUUAUGGAUCAACGCCCGAAAUUGCUUCCAUAUCUCUUGGAUGCGAACGUGAUUUCUUCCUGAAGAAGAAGCAAUGUAAAAAAUCUUGUGAUGGAAGUGAUGAGCCUGCAAGAAAGCGAUUAAAGAAGAGUAGCCAUGCUGAUCAGCACACCUUUAGACUAAAGCAUGGAUCCCUUUUGGUGAUGAGAGGCUAUACCCAAAGGGAUUGGAUUCACUCUGUCCCUAAGCGUGCAAAAGUGAACGGUACACGCAUUAAUCUUACCUUUCGACGUGUUUUUUGAAAGAUUUUUGGACAGGGUCCAGCUUUUGGAAUAUGAUCAUGCAUUGUUGUAAAUCUGCUUCUGGCAUUAUUAUAGGAUUACUGACUAGUUUCUUUGACAAGUUGAUACGAAAAUGUAAAACUUUGUAGGAUAUUUUCUCCUAACUUGAGUACAAAAGUGGUAGCCUUGGAUUUUAUUUGUAAAGCUCUAUGGUUACUACUGCUUCUGCAUGGAGUUAUGAAGCCUUUCAUGUAAUACAAAAUUUAAUUGUCAUCCAUUGAUUAAAGGCUAUACUGUGAACUUGAAAGAUUUAACAUUCUUCUACGUCAGUUAUCUUAAAACAAAAUACCAGUUCAAUGUUCAUAAUCGCAUUGUUUUUUCUGCUGAGAUGGAACUUGAAUUCCAAAUUAGAAAGUGGCUUUGAUAGAGCAGGGAACAGAUAACCUUAUUAUAAUGUUACUUUGCUGGAAGAGGGUGACCUAUGAGCCAGCUACUACUUGCAAAAGUGAAGUAUAAGCAAAAAGUUUAGAAG